AUGACCAUCGUGCGGCCGUGGAAGUCGCUCGCCAUCGAAGGCGACUAUCCCCCGCUCUUCUUGAAGGCGCAUUUGGAUGCCGGACGAUGCGCAUUGGAGCUUACAGAUCUGAACCGUCUGUGGUCAGGCUGUCUCAGUAGAGACGAGCUGCUUAAGAGUGCGAGCGAUCAAGGCACCAGUAUAGAUCCCAGCGAAGAUGACGACCAAUAUCACCAAUUUCUCUCCAAGUUCAACAGUGCCCUGAACGGUGAACCUAGCACAACUGUCCAUCUCGAGCCUUUGGGUGCACAGGACGGGCUGAUGCUAAGCAUCUCGGCACCUUUGCCAGGUUCGUUACCUACUUUCGAAUGGACUAUGCAGCUGCGCCGCGUGGACAACGAUGAUUCCUGUGUCUUCAAAAAUACCGUACUGACACCUCUGCUCGUCCAUGCCAACAACUUAAUGUCUCAAGUUCGAUAUCUGAUCGCUGAGCUCGGCCAUAAGGAUCGCGUGAUCGGGAAGAUUGCUGACAAGCUGGAGAACAUUGGGCAGGACCUUGGACAGGUAUUCCCUGGAGCGUCAAAUCCUCGAUCUACCAAAGCCACGAAGAGAGCACAGCUAGCUAGCCAUGUCGAAGGCCUGGCAGAAUUCGACCCCCGCAAGUGGCAAGCUGCCGGUACCAAGGACACUGAGGAAGAUCUCUCAGUGGACACGAUGAACACUAUACUCGCCAACUUGCCCGAAGCAGGUCUGAUCAACGCACACAAAGAUACUCAUGGUAUUUGGUGGAGACCCCGAAGCGCACCUGUGCUGCAUGAUUAUGAUUCGACUGAAGACGAUACCGGGUUUGGGACUGCUGGUUGCCAAUCGCCAUUGCUCCAUAAAAAUAAGGACGGUACUCAUCCUGCAAUGCAGGGGAGUGAAGAGAACGAUGGUAUUCGGCAGCAGCUCACAGCGCCAUCAUUCCCAACAGACGAGGAGACAGAGGAUGAAGACGAUCUCGAUGCACCUUGUCAAAGAGCUGCGCAGCCCGAGGUCUUUCCCCAGCAUGAUUCUAGUACAAGUCGAACGUUAUCGUACGGGCGAGCAUCAUCACAGUCCCAACAGGUAACAGAUAACCGAGCUCAAGAUGUCCAAUUAUCUUCAGGGCAACAACUCAGGAUACCAGGAGGGAAAAUCUCAGAGCAUCCACAGCAACGUUCAGAUGAAGUUGCUCACGAAAGCAGAGAGGCGAGAGUAGUACCUCCGAGCUCGACUCACCAAGCAGAUCCGGAUGCAGGUGACUUUGCAGGCAGACUACGGUCACAAACUCCUGGGCUUGAUUCAAAUUCUGUGAAGGCAGAGCUGUUCAACUCUUCGCCAGCAAAGCCUGAUCAGCCUAGACGCAAGCUUGGCGCAUUUGGACGUAAGACGCGAAGCUCUCCAACACCAGAUCGAGAGCCAGUCGCAGACUCAACGCCCGGGCAUGGCCAAGGUUUGGACAAUCUGGAGCGCGAUGCGACGAUGCCCUUCUCUCAGCCAGCUGAUGCUGAUCACGCUUCACAUGGAAGAACGAAGCCUCGAGUUGGCAUAUUUGGCAGCAGGAGACAAAAUGAGUCUCAGAAUGCGCAGGCAGAUGCUGAUGCAGCUAUUGAAAGCUCUCAAAAGUCUCCGCUAGAGACGGAGGAGGCUUCACCAGUUCAUCACAUGACAGAGACUGAGGAUAGGCAGUCUCGAACGCAAGUCAGGUCAGAGAAGGUAGAGCAGCAGGGGCGAGAGGAGUCGGAAGAACGUGCAAAUAUACGGCGGGAGAAGCUGAAGCGGGAUAUUGCAGAGAAGAGCAGAGAGCCGGUGAAGAAGAAGAAGCGGAAGUUCUGA